CAAAACGCAAGCCGAGCCCCGUCAUCCUCUUCCUUUUAUAUCUUCAAUCCGCAUCGGACUCGGCCUACGUCUGCUGUUGUCGUCGUCCACCCACGCUUCCCUUCAUUCAUGUCUCAAAUCUAAGUGAUAAACCCACCACCACACCACCUGUCUGUCAAUGCGAUUAAUAUAUUAAAUUAACCAAAAAAAAAAAAAGAAGAAAGAAUUUUAAACAAAAAUCUUCCUGCGCUUUGUUACAAGUUUUUUUUUUUUUUGGGUGGUAUCUUGUUGGGUCCGUCUGGCUGCUUGCCUCUUGCUUCUGCUUCUUCAUCUUCAUGUUGAAAGAGAGGCAGUAAGGUGGUAUUAGGCGGUAAAGAUUUCAAAGCUUUUCCAGGUGGCAUUUGUUUCUUCUGUUUGUUUGCUGCUAGCAACCUGCAGUUUGUGCAGGCGAUCGAUUUGCUCCAUAGGUCUUGAUUUUGUUGCUUACUCUCUGCUAGUGUAUGCCCUCAGUCUUUGCGUCUGUUUUCCGCUUUCAGUCCAUGGAAGUUUUGGUGGUUGGGGUGGGGGUGGGGGGCCGGGCGUAAAUCUCAUCUGUAAUUUGUUCAUUGCCGACUACCUUAGCACUAUCGAGAUUCUUUCUGUAGAUUUACAGUCUUAAUAUGGUUUUUCUGAACUAGUAGGUUUUGUCUGGAAGCUUUAUCCGAGUCAAGUGAAGCGCCUGUAGACUUCAACAUCUGUUUGAAGUUCUGUGUGUGUGUGUGUGUGUGUGUGUGUGUUAGUUGAGGAUGCUGGAGCGCUACCAUUUACCUAAUAUCUGAUUGAAGUGUACUAUUUCUUAAGAAACUCUGUGCAAGAACGAACAACGAUUACAAUUCUUCAAGAAAAUGUAUGGGAGAGCUGGUCUUGAUCGCUUCAAGAAGGCUCAAACUUCGGAACCAUUUUCUGUCAGUGUGAGUAAUUCUUCUGCCAAUGCUAAAUCACCCACACAGCCUUCCAAUAAACCACUUGCCAGCCCUUCUGCUUCCAACUCUCAGCACCACCUAAGCCAGUUCCAUAACCAAAACCCUGGCUCCCAGAAGCCUCUACUGCCGGAUGUUGCACAACCUGUACCCCCUGUUCCCCCAACUCAGCCAGUGACUCAGGUUGGAGGGGGCCAAUCAACUUGGCAGCCCCCUGAUUGGGCAAUUGAACCUUGUCCUGGUUUUUAUUAUCUUGAAGUCAUCAAGGAUGGCGAGGUUCUUGAUAACAUCCAUUUGGAUAAGCGGAGGCACAUAUUUGGACGGCAAUUUCAAACUUGUGACUUUGUGCUUGACCACCAGUCUGUCUCACGGCAGCAUGCUGCUGUCAUUCCUCACAAGAAUGCAAGCAUAUACGUGAUUGAUUUAGGAUCUGCACAUGGCACAUUUGUUGCAAAUGAGCGGUUAACCAAAGAUUCCCCUGUUGAGCUUGAAGUUGGGCAGUCUUUACGGUUUGCAGCAUCUACGAGAACUUAUAUAUUGAGAAAGAACAAUGCAGCUCUUUUUCCUCCACCAGUACAUCCUUCAGAUAUUAAUAUACCCCCACCCCCUGAUCCUUCAGAUGAAGAAGCUGUUGUGGCUUACAAUACAUUUCUAAAUCGGUAUGGGCUGGGCAAGCCAGAUGAGUCUAAAUCUUCUGAUUUUGAUAGCUCCUUACAGGGGAAAGAUGAGAGGGCAGCUAAAAGGAUUAGGAGAACAAGAGUGGCUUUUAGAGAUCAAGUAGGGGGAGAUUUGGUUGAAGUAGUUGGAGUAUCGGAUGGAAUUGACGUAGAUACGGAGCCUGGUCCACUGGGUGUUAAAGAAGGAAGUCUUGUUGGGAAAUAUGAAUCCCUUGUACAAAUUACGGUGAUACCCAAAGGCAAGGAACAGUCCUCCUCGAAAGAAGUCGGUGUUUCCCAAGUGGGCGUAACUGAAAAACUUAAGCAAGUUCUAGACAAGGUAAAAACUCCUAUAAGGAGUGGGAUUUAUGAUGAUCUCUUUGGAGAAUCCUUUUCCGGUAAAGUUGGUUCGUCUUGGGCAUUUUCCUCCGCUAAAUCUGGUGAGACGCAAGCAUCUCCAGCCAGUGAGAUUGAAGGGACAGCUGAUGCUGCCUCUGGUGGAGAGCUCGAUAGUAGCUUAAGUGCGGUUGACAAUGAGGUUGAUGAUGAUUUAUUUGGCUAGCUUUUUGGCUAAGUUUUUUAAUUUUUUAGCUGAUGAGGAGGUUUUUUUCCUUCUGUAAAGAGACAUUUUUGUUGUACUUCGCUGUUAAAUAUCCUUUGUUUUGCAUCCUCAUCCGAGCUUCCAAAUUGCACUUCUUGAAAUUUUUAAUCUCUCCCUCUAACUUGAACCUUUAUGAUUUGAAGGAAUUGUACUGAUCAAUUGUUAAAGCUUUUAGUUAAUUAGAGCCUUUGAACC